UUCAGAAGAGAAAGCAAAGAAAUCAAUAUAUGAAAAACAAUUCGAGUGCUUACUUUGUUCAAUUCUUGUUCUGAACCUCUUAGAAAUCACAUCUCUUGAAUUUAGGGGUUUUGUUUACUGCUGAAUAGCCGCGUGAUUUGGAUUUAGGAGCCUUCGUUCUACGUUUGUCGGGAAAAUAAAACUUCUCUUUUUUUCUUUCUUUUUGUUUGGAGUAUUUGAUUUUCAGAAAGCUAAACCAGACAUAAAUGUCUUCCAUAAACAUGACAGCGGAUCAACAGAUUGGAUUUGUGUUUAGUGGUGGAUAAGGUUCUUGAAGGAAUGUCUGACAUGUGCAUGUUUGAUCUUGUAGAUAAUGUUUGUGAUGAAUUUGAUGCUAGUGAUGAUCAUAUAGUGCCAUGUACUAUUGACGAAUAUGGUGCUCAAUUCAAAGCUCAUUGUGAUAGUCGUAAAAAACCACAACAUGAAGUGAUUGAAGCUACUAAGAGUUCUGUGGAUAUGACUAAACAUAGUAUUUUGGAGGAGAAGGAGACAGGUUUACAUACUUUGACCAAAAACAGAAUGUUAGAGAAGGGUCUGUGUUCUCACAGUCCUGAAGCUAUGUUUUCCACUCCUGGUGAUAAUGAGUCACUCAAAGAAGUAACAAGCUUGGCUUCUGAUGAUCCAAGUAUCUCCAGCUAUGGUCUAAAACCUGGCAAUAUGGAUUCAGUUGGCAGUGAGUUUUGUGCUGAUGAUUCUAUCUUGGUUGACAAGUGUGCUACAGAGGACAAUGAUGCUUACUGUUUUCCACUAAAACACAUAACGGAAGCUGAUGACGAUUUCAGUUUUUUUAAUAAUCACCAUGAAGACAAAGAAAACAGUGAUCUUUUAUAUUAUGGCUGGGGAGAUAUCGGCAAUUUUGAUGAGGUUGACAGGAUGUUCAGAAGUUGUGAUUCUACAUUUGGGUUGGGGAGUCUCAGUAAUGAAGAUGAUCUGUGCUGGUUUUCAUCUUCACAAGUGACUGAAGGAUCUCAAGAUGGAUUUAAGGCUGAUGCUAAACUGAAUAGUAUACCACAGCAUUGUGCAAGUUCUAGACUAGACUAUGCAGUUUCUUCGACUAUUGAUUCCAGCAAGAGAAGUGUGCAUUCAAGUGACAAAAUAGGUUCCCGUAGUAGGAAAGGUGAUAAUGCUGGUUUUGUUCACAUGUCAUAUGUAAAUGUAUCCAAUGAAGAAUCUGAAAGUAAGGAUGAGUUGACGCUCAUUGAGCAGAUCAAUCCACCAAAAAAACAGUUGAAACAACUGAGUGCAUCAGGAGAAAGAAAAGAUCAUCAUCUGCAAAAUAUUGGUUCCUUUUACCAAUAUGGUAACAUCAAGCAGCCUGCAGAUGUGAAGCACAUCUUUAACGAGUCAUCCUGUCAAUUCUUUUCUCCAUCAAGCCUUCAGCAGCACAAACAAAACGUUGGACCUGAUUCUCCGAGUUAUGUAAAGACAAAUAUUCCUCAUAUGCAUCUCAACUACAUCAGUUCUUUAGAUCAAAUUUUAGAAUGUCCAACUCUAUCAAGUACCAAAUCUGAAAAUAAUGGAGACCCUUGUUCAACAAAUGAGUCAUCUUAUGCUUCAGAUCAGGUGCAGUCAAUCGAGAGCUCUAGUGGGCCUUCGUUUGGGGCUUCUGCCAGUAUAAUUACUGAGAAAAGGGGAAAUCUACAUUACCAGCAAGAUACACAAGACCCACUCAAAAGGAAUGUCAAACAUACAAAAGUGGGCAGUAAGAUGGCAUUUUAUGAUCCAGUUACUGUUCAAAAGCAGUUCCAUCAAUCUGAACAAGAUGGCCAUAGUGAAGUUCGAGGAGUUAGUGUACGAAAGCCAGCAGAAUUAGAUUCUUCAAAAAACCAGCCGAGCUCUUUUAUGAGUUCUGUGUUGGAUGAAGUCUCACUAGAAGCAUCUGGUUUUUUGCAGCUUCAGCAGGACAUGGAAAAGUUGGAUAUCAGGACAAAAUUGUGCAUACGAGAUAGUCUGUAUCGAUUGGCUAGGAGUGCUGAAAAAAGGCAUAAUUGCACAAAUACAGAAGGUGACAUCAAGGAUGAAAGGGAUAUGGCUGGUUCUUUUGUGGCAACGAACAAGUGCACUGGAUUAAUGGAUAUGGAAACUGGCACAAACCCUAUAGAUAGAUCCAUAGCACACCUACUAUUUCACAGGCCUUCAGGUCCUACCAUCGAUACCAAGUCUCGCGGCAUGCCUUAUUGAAUGGCAGAUUCAUGGCUGAAAAUGCAGUGGGGGGAAGGAGAAUCUGUUGUUUCAUAUAGAAAUUACCGGCAACAAGUUUACUAUGACUUUGUUAACUGUAAAAUAUGUAAGUUAUGAUUGUUUUUUUCUCUUAUAUACAAUGUGUUGUGGUAUGUCGUGUCGUCAACAUCUGUCGCUUAUACAUUAAAGAGUGUGUCUGAUGGUAUCGGAUUUUCUUUUU